UAUAUAAGUCAUCCAUUAAACACAGAUUCACAAAAUAUGUAAAGAUCGCAUCUGGGCUGCAUCCACACUGAAUCAGAUCAACCAAAAAAAUGUCGGUGGCGAUGCGGUGGUUCACGGUGGCGCUGCUGCUAGUAGUUGCAGCUAUCAGCAUUCAAGAAACAAUUGCAAAAUCAGAUCAUAAAUAUAAACCUGGUGAUGAAGUCCCUAUUUAUGCCAAUAAAGUUGGUCCCUUUCAUAACCCCAGUGAAACAUAUCGCUUUUUUGACCUGCCUUUCUGUUUACCAGCUCAUUUAAAGGAGAAACCCGAAGCUCUCGGUGAAGUACUGAAUGGAGAUCGUUUAGUCAGUGCUCCAUAUAAGCUUGACUUUAUGGUUGAAAAGGAUUCCGAAAUUGUUUGCAAGAAAACACUUACAAAGGAGGAAGUAUCUAAGUUCCGAAGUGCUGUUACCAAGGAUUAUUACUUUCAGAUGUACUAUGAUGACUUGCCUUUCUGGGGAUUUCUAGGGAAAGUUGAAAAGGAAAAAGCUGAUCCCAAUGAGGAGAAAUAUUAUCUAUUUAAGCAUCUUCACUUUGAAAUUCAUUACAAUAAAGAUCGUGUCAUAGAAAUUAAUGCAAAAGCCGAUCCUACUGCUGUCGUGGAUCUCACUGAAGACAAGGAAGUCGAGGUGGAGUUUAUGUACACAGUGAGGUGGAAAGAAACAACAAUUCCUUUCGAGAGUAGAAUGGAGAAGUACUCGCAGUCUUCUUCACAGCCACAUCACUUGGAAAUCCAUUGGUUUUCAAUUAUUAACUCAUGUGUUACAGUCCUCCUCUUAACCGGUUUCCUUGCCACAAUUCUUAUGCGGGUCCUUAAGAAUGACUUUGUCAAGUAUGCGCAUGACGAAGAGGCAGCAGAUGACCAAGAGGAAACCGGAUGGAAAUACAUUCAUGGUGAUGUUUUCAGAUACCCAAAGUACAAGUCAUUGUUUGCUGCUGCCCUAGGUUCUGGUACCCAACUGUUUGCUCUUUCACUUUUUAUCUUUGGACUGGCUCUUGUUGGUGUAUUUUAUCCAUACAAUCGAGGAGCUCUGUUUACUGCUUUGGUUGUCAUAUAUGCACUUACAUCCGGAAUUGCGGGCUAUACUGCAGCCUCCUUUUAUCACCAGCUUGAAGGAACUAACUGGGUGAGGAACUUACUAUUGACUGGCUGCCUGUUUUGUGCACCUCUAUUUCUUACGUUUUGCUUUCUAAACACUGUUGCAAUUGCUUAUACUGCUACCGCCGCUCUGCCAUUUGGUACAAUCGUGGUGAUUGUAUUGAUUUGGACUUUGGUGACAUCACCAUUGCUAGUUUUGGGGGGUAUUGCUGGGAAAAACAGCAAGGCUGAGUUUCAGGCUCCUGUUCGAACCACUAAAUAUCCUAGAGAGAUCCCACCACUGCCAUGGUACCGCAAAACUAUCCCUCAAAUGGCCAUGGCUGGUUUUCUUCCUUUCAGUGCAAUCUACAUUGAGCUUUACUACAUAUUCGCAAGUGUGUGGGGCCACAGGAUAUAUACCAUUUACAGUAUCUUAUUUAUAGUUUUUAUAAUUCUCCUCAUCGUCACCGCCUUUAUCACGGUCGCAUUGACUUAUUUCCAACUUGCUGCUGAAGACCAUGAAUGGUGGUGGAGGUCUUUCCUAUGUGGUGGCUCAACUGGAGUUUUCAUCUAUGGAUAUUGCUUGUAUUACUAUUAUCAACGUUCUGACAUGUCUGGAUUCAUGCAAACCUCAUUUUUCUUUGGUUAUAUGGCUUGUAUCUGUUAUGGUUUCUUUCUGAUGCUUGGGAUGGUUGGUUUCCGUGCGGCUUUGUUCUUUGUCCGACACAUAUACCGCUCUAUCAAGUGUGAAUAGAAACUCAAUCUUCAAUCUUCAGUGCUCUAUCAGGAGCUGCUGCCCAGUGUGAAAGUUUAGAGGUGACCAGGACCAACUUACAUGUCGCCAAGAUAUCAAAGGCUGUUGUUCAAUCUGUUCCCUUCCAAUUAUGUUUACUAGGUCAAUAAGAUAAUAUGAUGUUUUAUAUGUAAGUUCUUGCACUGUUUUUCUUUUCGUUUGAAGAGUAGGAAGGUAGUAUGAACUAUACCGACUCGAUUUUUGACCUAUAUAUAGAUCCUUUACACCUUUAA